AUCGGCUCCUAUUUUGGGAGUGUGCUGUGUUCCGUCGAUGUGAAUAAAGACACCAUUACAGAUGUGCUCUUGGUGGGUGCACCAAUGUACAUGAACGACUUAAAGAAAGAGGAAGGAAGAGUCUACCUGUUUACCAUCACAAGGGGCGUUUUGAAUUGGCACCAAUUUCUUGAAGGCCCUGAGGGUGUUGAAAAUGCUCGGUUUGGUUCAGCGAUUGCAGCUCUUUCAGAUAUCAACAUGGAUGGCUUUAACGAUGUAAUAGUUGGUUCACCUUUGGAAAAUCAGAACUCUGGAGCUGUGUAUAUCUACAACGGUCACGAGAGCACCAUUCGCAUUAGAUAUUCUCAGAAAAUCUUGGGAUCCGAUGGAGCCUUUAGGAGCCAGCUCCAGUACUUUGGGAGAUCUUUGGAUGGUUAUGGUGACUUAAAUGGGGAUUCUAUCACCGAUGUGUCUGUUGGUGCCUUUGGGCAAGUCGUUCAGCUCUGGUCACAGAGUAUUGCUGAUGUAUCUGUGGAAGCUUUGUUCACACCAGAAAAAAUUACUUUGUUCAACAAGAAUGCUGACAUAAAACUCCAACUCUGUUUCAGUGCCAAGUUUAGACCUACUAAGCGAAACGAUCGAGUGGCCAUUAUCUACAACAUCACAAUUGAUGCCGACCUGUAUUCAUCCAGAGUAACCUCCAGGGGUUUAUUUAAAGAAAAUAAUGAAAGGUGCCUGCAGAAGAAUAUGCUCAUAAGCCAAGCACAGAGUUGCGCUGAGCACACCAUCCACAUACAGAAGCCCUCUGACGUUGUCAACUCUUUGGAUCUGUGUGUGAACAUCAGUCUGGAAAACCCUGGCACCAGCCCCGCCCUUGAAGUCUACUCUGAGAAGGCCAAGGUCUUCAGUAUCCCUUUCUACAAGGACUGUGGGGAUGAUGGAGUUUGUAUCUCGGAUCUAGUUCUAGAUGUCCAACAACUGUCAGCCACUCAAGAUCAACUCUUUAUUGUCAGCAACCAAAACAGAAGGUUAACAUUUUCAGUAACACUGAAAAACAAAAGAGAAAGUGCAUACAACACUAGAAUUGUUGUUGAUUUUUCAGAAAACUUGUUUUUUGCUUCCUGGUCCAUGCCGGUUGAUGGGACAGAAGUAACAUGCCAGAUCGCUUCAUCUCAGAAGACUGUUACCUGUGAUGUUGGCUACCCUGCUUUGAAGAGGGAGCAACAGGUGACUUUCACUAUUAACUUUGACUUCAAUCUUCAAAACCUUCAGAAUCAGGCAUCUGUCCAUUUCCAAGCCUUAAGCGAAAGCCAUGAAGAAAACACGGCAGAUAAUUUGGUCAACUUCAAAAUUCCUCUGCGGUAUGAUGCCGAUAUUCACAUAACGAGAUCCACCAACAUAAAUUUUUAUGAAGUCUCCUCAGAUGGGAAUGUUCCUUCUGUCAUGCACAGUUUUGAAGAUAUUGGUCCAAAAUUCAUCUUCUCCAUUAAGGUAACAACAGGGAGUGUUCCAGUAAGCAUGGCAUCUGUAAUCAUCCACAUCCCUCAGUACACCAAAGAAAAGAACCCACUGAUGUACCUGACUGAGGUGCACACAGAUCAGGCUGGUGACAUCAGCUGUAAGGCCGAAAUAAAUCCACUGAAAAUAGGACACAUGUCUCCUUCUGUGUCUUUCAAGAAUGAAAAUUUCCGGCACAUAAAAGAAUUGGUGAGGACAGGUUAAUGGGGUGACUAUUUCUUUGGGUGAUUCACUGUUUGUUUUACCUGGAAAUCAAAGCACUUCUUUUCUAUCACCUCAUGUUACAGAAUUUUCUCAUUUUGGCUUUGAUGACCCGUAUGAAUCAAGAUUUAGAAAAUACACUCUCAAAUCUAGGUUAUUGGGAUUAUUACUUAUGCCGGUAAUAUAAAAUCCAUGUAUCAGAUUUCACGAAAUCAAAAGGAUUUCAUGUGAAACUACUGUUUUGUAUCAGGCACUUUGUAAGCAUUGCAAUGAUUUGUGAGAGAUCUGCGCAUGCGCUUUGAAGGUGAAGCUCCUUACAUUCCCCCUUCCGCAUCAUCACUGAGGUCUUAUUUAGCUGCUAAUACGCCUCUCUGGCCACCCUUCUCGGUUUUCCAAUAUUUUAUUAUCUCCUGCUCCAGAGUGAUGAGCCUUUCCUUGAGAAAGAGGCUAGUCUAGCAUCUGGUAUGGUGCUUGGCACAUAUUAAGAACUCAAAUAGUGAACAUUUAGCAAACAGUAACCCUAAACAGACCGUAGUUCUCCUCUAAGAACAACACUGAAAUUCUGGUUUUCAUUUAUUGAAAUUGUUUUAUUUUGUGAUGGGUAAGGGUGGGGGUACAGGAAAAUAGAAUGAAAUAGUUUCUUUUUUAUAGUGUAAUUACAGUGUAAGUAUGGCUUAAAUCUAAACAGUAGUAUGUAAAAAUGCCCAGGAGAAACUCAGGGUAUGCCAAAAUAUACCUCUGAGCAUUAUCCUUAUUUUUUUUUUUUUUAUUUAUUUAU